AUGGGGAAGUCUAAGAAUGCCAAUAGGUCACUGACACAAGAAGAGAUCUGGGAUGAUUCUGCGCUGGUCCAGAGUUGGGACGAAGCUGUCGAGGAAUACAAACUCUAUCACAGCAUCCAGGCAAGAGGAGAGAAUGUAGAUGAUGUACUGAGGGAGGCAGAGGCUGAAGCGGGCUCUCAAGGUGUUUCACCGGCGCAAGAACCGGAUGAAGCGGUUGAUCGCAUGGAUCAUGACGCCGAACCGCCGUCUGUAGUGGCUGCAACUCCUGCUGAAGCAAAAACAACAGGGCAGUCAUCCGCGGCUGCGGAUCCAACAAUUGCGCCCACUGGCCAAGGCUUCACUCCUGUAGGAGCCGUGCCUCCGCCUCAUGCCGCUCUAGCACAAGUGCAAGAUGAAGGUUUGAAAAACCUCAUGAUGGCCUGGUAUUAUGCUGGAUACUAUACCGGGCUUUAUGAAGGACAGCAGCGAGCAAAUCAAAACCAAGGUCCUUGAAAAAACCUGCGGCUUGACUGCAUGGCACCAUUUCACUACUAUAUACCCAGAGCUAUCCCGUUGCUCUUGCAUGGGUUGCAAUCACGGAAAUCACCCAUGAGCGAAUGUUUGCCUAUUGACUCGCACCGAGUAUUUCUGCAUAGCCGACCAUUUUGUCUCAUAGCACUGAAUUGUUAUAUUCUUUUUGCGCACUAACUAUCCUAUCGAGUAUUCUAUGGAACCAACCUGC